CGGUCAGUGAUCAGUCAAGAAUCGGAAGCGUUAAAGAACGCAUCGUGUAUUGUGGUUGAGUGAGUUCAAGUGUUUCUAAAAAAGAAAAGAUUAAAAGAGUGAACAUAUAAGAAUAACUUUUUUUAUGCCGUUACUUGAACUUUUGAAGAUGGAGCGGCUUGUUUCGGUAACUUUUAUGCUGGUGGCUAUUUUGCUGCUCCUUCCGAAUGCCUUAUAUGCAAACCAGCCUGUGAUCAGUCACAUCUCCAGCGAUGUUGUUGCCAAUGUUGGCGAAGAUGUACAGUUCAACUGCACAGUGGAGAAUGUCGGUCGCAUGUCCGUUAGCUGGGCGAAACGUUCCGUUGUGUUGUCCAUGCGCAAUAUACUUAGCUUGAGUGAUCCGCGUUACACGAUUACCGAGACGAGGGACGACGAGGCUGACAGUGCGACAUACGCGCUGAAGAUAACGAAAAUAGAGGCGAGUGACAUGGGCCCCUACGAAUGUCAAGUGAUUGUGUCCGCCACCGAUAAGAUCACAAAGAAACUGAAAUUGUCCAUCAAACAUCCACCCAUUAUAUCCGAAGAACGUACACCAAAGUCCAAACUGGUGACCGAAGGACAAAAUCUCGAAGUAAGCUGUUAUGCAGAAGGUUUUCCACAACCCACCAUAUAUUGGAAGCGUGAAGGUAAUGCGAUUAUGCCUGCGGGUGGACAAAAGCUAGCUGGACCCACACUGCGCAUUAAAGAGGUGCAUCGACUUGAUCGCGGCGCUUAUUACUGUGUCGCCGACAACGGCGUAGGACAACCCGACGAACGUAUGGUACUCAUCGAAGUAGAAUUUCGUCCACAAAUCGCUGUACAACGUCCGAAGGUGGCACAGAUGCUGUCACAUGUCGCUGAAUUGGAGUGCAGUGUGCAGGCAUAUCCGGCGCCGGCAGUUUUCUGGCACCGCAAUGGCGCCAAACUGGAAUCGAGUUCACGUUAUGAGGUCUCCAAUACGGCAUCCGCACAUGAAACCACCACAUCGGUGCUACGUAUAGCAAGUGUUGCCGAACACGACUUUGGUGAUUACUACUGCAAUGCCACCAACAAAUUGGGACACGCCGAUGCGCGUCUACAUUUGUUCCAGCCAGUGAUUCCGGUGCCUUCGUCAGUUUGAGCGGCGUUGUUAGCUUACUUUUGACUUUUUACGAAUUUAAAUUUUGUCUGGUGGCAUCAGACGUGGCGCGCACUGGAAGUAUUUUUAAUCUUAUUAUGUAUUGUGCAGAUUUGACUGGUGAAUUUUUUUAUACAAAAGACUAUUUGUGUUUCUCUGUUUGUUCGUUUUUUGACAUUCGCCUUUGUUAGUUAUUUUAUUCAAUUAAAUUUGAUUCACUCGUACAAAUAAUAAACACGCUUUAUGCUUUUGUAUUCGUUUAA